GUCUUCUUUCGUCCCAGUGAGUAUAGCUCAGCAAUCAAGACAUGGCGGACGUCAAACCAGGAAGGAGGAGUCCUCAUAGUCCCAGACGAGGGAAGAGAUACUCCAAACAUGUGCCACUGAGCAGAAGGAAGAGUCCUGAAAGCUCCAGGAGCAGGAGAGGAAAGAGAAGUGUUCCUCUCACUCUCUCCAAUGUGAUGAGAGAAGUGAGGGAGGUGGGGAAUUGGUGGGGGGAGAGGGGACUGGGAUACUAUCUCUACAUACCACCGUCAAAGAGAGAGGAGAUUAGACAGAAGUUCCCAGAUGAGAUGGAGCAGAAGAAACAGCUGAUUUCUCACUGGAUUAACACCGACCCACUGGCAAGCAGGAGGAGACUCAUUUGGGCACUAGAUCAAAUAGAAGAAACCAAAAUGGCUGACUCCAUAAGAUCCUAUGCUGAACCUCUCACUGAUGACAGUCUCACUCCACACACACUGCUACCUGCUGUGUCCUCUGUGGGACAGUUCUGGAGGAGAGAUGUUGAUGAGUGGGGGCUGCUGGAGGUGCUUGAUGUCCCCUACUCAGUGAUGGAUGAUAUCAGGGCCAGUCCAUCACACCCAACUGAAGAGGAGAAAAGAAUUGCAGGUCUACAGUACUACCUCCAGACCCUACCUGGUGCAUCAUGGGAGGAUAUAGCUGGAGUAUUAUGGUUUAUGGAGGAGCACACAGCCCUGGAGGAAGUCAGACAACAUCUACCACCUACAUAUGAUCCCAGCCUCACUCCCUCCAACAUGAGAGCAGCACUGGACACACUGCCAGCUAACAAGUGGGAGGGGUUUGGUCGAGGACUGGAUGUCCCACGGUCCAAGUUGGACCAGAUCAGGUCUCAGUUCACUAGUGACGAGGGAAGGAUAGAUGAGGUCAUCAGAAUAUAUCACACCCAACAUCCCCACCCAACAUGGGAACUGGUCUCAGAUGCUCUCUACAGGUGUGGUGGUGGAUAUGAUGAUCAGCAGUUCCACAAUGUUCUUGACAGACUCCAGUCCAUGUUCCCCACUGGUCGCAACAAGGCCAAGAAGAUCUAUGAAGAGGAGAUGAAACGUGGAAUCACAGAACGACUCAUCACCAAAAGUGACAAUGGUGGGUACUGCAGGCAGCGGGAAGUCAACGUCCCUAGAGACACUGACUGGCGAGGAGCCACUGGCAGAGGGAGAACGAGAGAGCACACCACUCCUGAAGAGACCCGUCCAAACCGAGGUGGUCUUUGUGGAAGGGAAGGAGGUGAGGUGGAGGAAGAAGACGGCAGACGAGAAGAAGCAAUACAUUGCCCGCAUCCUGAGAGCCCGUGCCCAGAAACUAGGCCAGCCAGCCAGCCAGCCACCAACUGUAGUCAGAGAGAAACACAACUCCCCCAAAGCAGCAGAGUCAGCAUCCUCUCCCCAUAAAUCCUCACCAGCAGCCACAGAAGAAACCAAAGCCUCAGCCACUGCCUCCAGUACGGCAGCCACGGCCAGUGGUGACCAGUCGUCUGACACGGCCCCAGAGGUGACGGUGGAAUCCCUGCUGGAGUCAUCCGAGGUGGAGGAGGAGUUCAUAUCCCUCAUCAACGUCCCCAGCGACUCCCUGGAGACCGUCUUCACUGAAACAUGUGUGUACAUCGUGGACAGCGGAGGCCAGCCCGAGUUUGUGGAUGCCAUGACGGUGUUCCUGGGGCAGACGUCGGCCUGCAUUCUGGUCAUCGAUCUCUCCCAGCCACUGGACCACCGCCCAAACAUCGGCUACUACCGAAGGGGAAGAGCCGUGUCCAAGCCCUACCGGUCCACCCGGACAAAUGAAGAGAACCUGAAGCUGAGCAUGCGGACCAUGCACACGUUUGUCUCCAAAACGAAGGGAGAUCCCCUCAAGCUGCUCUUCCUUGGCACCCAUCGAGACAAGCUGCACAAGUGUCUCUCAGAAACGGUGGGAGACAAGAACAAACGAUUGAAAAAAGCUGAUUCCAAAGAAGUUUGCCAGUCAGGUGAUCUGGGCCACCACCGAGAAGUUGAUCUUUGAGAUGAACGCUCUGAAACCAGACCAUCUGGACAAGAAGACGGCAGAGCGGAUCCGACGCUACGUCUUGGAGCAGUGCCGGCCCAUCAAGGUGAAGCUGCCCGUGCGGUGGCUGGCAUUUGAAGAGAAGCUGAGGAGCAUCGCGGAGAGACUGGGGAGGAUGGUGAUGAGUCGGCAGGAGUGCUUGAAGGUGGCAGAGUCACUGGGGCUGGCGGAGAACUCUUUCGACGUUGCCUUGGACCACUUCCACGAAGUGAGCCUCAUGUUCUAUUUCCGCACCAUCCUCCCAAAAACCGUGUUCGUCGACCCACAAGUGUUGCUGGACAAGGUCUCGGAGCUGGUGGAGUUCAUGUUUGAGCUGCGAGAGCCGGAAGAGGAAGACGAAUCCUCUGACGACACAAAACCAGAAGAGAAACACACACCAGAUGUUGGGGAGAAGACAACCGAACCACUCGAGACGCCAUCAAAUGCCAGCAAUGCUUCUGAGCCAGCGUCAGAUUCUACCAGUGAAUCAUCAGAAGUGCCGUCAGCUGCAGGAGAAGAGUCGUCAGAGACAUCGUCAGACUCUGCAGCAUCGACACCCGAGGAUCCCUCUCCAGAGAAGGAACUGUCGUCAGGUGAAGCAGAAGACGUGGAUCUCUUGCCACCCAGCUGGCAGGAGUUCAUGAAGUUUGGUCGAAUCACAAAGAAGUUUUUGGAAGACCGGAGGUUCAGCAGCCACUACAAGGAAGGGGUCUUCAGCUGUGACGAUCUGAUCCACCUGCUGGAGGAGCUGCUGGUGUUUGCCAGGCUGUGGAACGAGGAGGGUCCAGAGACCUGGUUCAUGCCGAGCGUCCUCCGACACAUCUCUGCCAGCGACAUGGACAAGAGGUGCUCGUCAGCCGGAGCCCUAGUGGUGGACUUCCCCGACGGUGGUCCCCAGAGUGGCGUCUUCUGCUCCCUCAUGUCCCACGUCCUCUCUCCUGAAAACCACAGCCCCUACUCCUGGAAGCUGCAUCUCUCGUCGCAGGAGCCUUCGUGUCUGUAUCGCGACUGCAUCCAGUUCGAGGUCCCCAAGUAUCCCGGGUCGGUGACCUUCGUUGACCGCUACGAGUACUUCGAGGUUCACGUGUUCACCUCAAAGACGUGGGAGAAGGAGCUGUGGGGGCACGUGAGAAAGGCUGUCUUUGGUGGGAUCGAGACCGUGGACGAGACUCUGGGCUACUCCGACAACAAGCCACGGCCGGCAAUCGUGUGUCCGAGACCCCACACAGACAGACCACACCCAGCCUACAUCCAGGGCAAGGAGUGGAUCUGCACCAGCAACAGUGAAAUGUAUGGAGAUCUGACCACCAAAUAUCUCUUG